AUGCUUUCGAGGCAAUCACUGUGGGUUCCGGUGGCCGCACACUCGCCAGCCUUUCUCGAGCACUACAUUACAUUCACGCAGCGCUCUCCGCACACCAAUCUGAUGCUGAAAGCCCUCAAGUACGCACCGGAAAACACCCGCGUCCUGCUGCAGCCUGACUCAAGGAAUAAGGGGCGCAACGUGACGCUCGCCAUGGCGUUUCCCUUCACUAUCACGUCUGCUGCGUGUGAAGCAUGCGGCGCGGGGCCGGCAGCCACGCGGGCGAUGGGCAGCGGCGCCUUCACAUCCCUUGUCGACACCGCCUCGUCUCUGCAUCUCAUGGAACGUCUGUUGCCGUCGGACGUUGUGCACGUGUCAGUGAACAUUCAAGCCAACUGUUUGAAGCCCAUUAGCGAGGGGGAGCGGGUCGUGCUGAUCAGCCGCAUGGACAAGGCUGGCAAGCGGCUCAACUUCCUGUCGGCGGAGCUGCUGCGUGACGACAGCAGCGGCAGUGCCCCUGGGGCACUCGUGGACGAGAAAGAGGCGUCCUCAGUCAAGGAGCUCGAGCGGCUUCUGCGGCAGUACACUGUUUUGGGGAAUGGGAAGCACGUGAAGUGUGUGAUCCAGUCCAACUAA